AUGAGACGCAGCCUCAAGAGAAAUAUCAUAGCGAAAUUCGCAGACGAUUCCUUGUGUUACAACGCUGGUGCUCGGAAUGCGGACAAUCUAAAGUUUAUUCUUCAUCAACUUGAUCUGGUUGAAUCGGAGUUAGAAGCAACUGCCGCCUUCAUAAAACCAAAGGACCCGAUUCAACAUUUCGAGGAGGUUAUAGAAGACAUCGUUCCCCUGCGAUUAGGCAUCCAUAAGCAGCGUAUGGAUCUAAAAGCAACCAUGAUUCACCUGCUUUUCUUGCAGCGGGCGAUGGGAAAACUAUGA